CCCUCCCGCAACCUCUACCAGACCACCACCGACCCUCUCCAUCACGGACAACAAAAUCAGAGGAAGUUUCAGGCGAAAAAUGUGGUUCGUCUUCAUCUACGACGAGGAAGAGAAAGAGCUUGGACGGCAAAAGGCCCCUGGCUCUUGCCCUUACUGCUCCGGCAAGGUCGAAGCCGUCGACGUCGAGAUUCAGUGGCGGCUCUGUUUCUUGCCCAUGUGCUUCAAGAUCAAACGCAAGUAUUUUUGCACUCUCUGUUCCAAACGCUUAGAACUCUUUUACUAGCCGCCGGGGAAUCUAAACUAAUCUGGAUUUUUCUGAAAGCUUCUACAACAACAUCAACAGUAACAAGAUCUACUUCUUGAUGUGUAUAUGAGUAGGGAUUCCGAAGUUAUAUUAGAGUUUGCCUCUUUUUCUUUCUUUGUUUUUUAUUUUGACUGCCGUUGAGAUACUCUGUCUCGAUCGUUGCUCAUCGAUUGAUUGAAGAUGCAGGACCUUUCGAUUUUCUCUCUCUAUUUUCUUCCCCUGCUUAAAUCCUUUUGUCUCUUGUAACUGUAAUUAGACUCAAGUUUUGUCGAUGGCCACUACUAGAAGCAUAUGAAAGGAAAAAAAAAAAAAGCUUAUUCUCUGUU